GUGGCGCGAAAUUGCGGCCGCGAGGACCUUACCGCGCGCGGAAACAGUUGAUAACUGUCCCGUUUGAUUCUCUUUAUUCUGAGGGCCAUUCCUUUCUUCCGAAAUGGAUCUGGCGGAGACCGCGGUAGGAGCCGCCGGGCAGCAGGUGAAGGAUGAGCUGGCGGAGAAAUGCCAGAAACUGUUCCAGGAUUUCUUAGAGGAAUUCCAGAACAGUGAUGGUGAAGUUAAAUAUUUGCAUGAUGCUGAAGAGCUAAUCCGUCCUGAAAGGAACACUCUUGCUGUAAGCUUUGUGGAUCUGGAACAAUAUAACCAGCAACUGGCAACCACUAUACAAGAGGAAUUUUACAGAGUGUACCCAUAUCUCUGCCGUGCUGUUCGGAAUUUUGCCAGAGACCAUGGGACUAUUCCACCAAAUAAGGAGUUUUAUGUUGCAAUUCAGGACUUACCAGCCAGACACAAAAUCCGAGAACUGACAGCAGCACGAAUUGGAACCCUGCUACGUAUCAGCGGACAAGUUGUUCGAACCCAUCCUGUUCACCCAGAAUUGGUCAGUGGAACAUUUAUGUGUCUCGAUUGUCAGACGGUGGUCAAGGACGUAGAGCAACAGUUCAAAUACACCCAGCCAAAUAUCUGCAGAAAUCCAGUGUGUGCCAACAGGAGACGAUUUAUGCUGGACACUAAUAAAUCCCGAUUUGUUGACUUUCAGAAGGUUCGUAUUCAGGAAACUCAAGCUGAGUUACCAAGAGGUAGCAUUCCCCGCAGCGUGGAAGUUAUUUUGCGUGCAGAAGCUGUAGAAUCAGCACAAGCUGGUGAUAAAUGUGACUUCACAGGAAUGCUUAUUGUGGUUCCUGAUGUAUCUCAACUGACUACACCAGGCAUCCGUGCUGAAACAGGAUCUCGUGUCAGUGGUGCUGAAGGGUAUGAAACUGAAGGAGUAAGGGGUCUUCGUGCUUUAGGUGUGCGUGAUCUGUCCUACAAGCUAGCCUUUUUGACAUGCCAUGUGGCACAGACAAAUCCACGGUUCGGUGGUAAAGAAAUGAGGGAAGAAGAACAGACUGCAGAAAGUAUAAAAAAUCAGAUGACCGUUCAGGAAUGGGAGAAAGUGUUUGAAAUGAGUCAGGAUAAGAAUCUGUAUCAUAAUCUCUGUACAAGUCUUUUCCCUACUAUUCAUGGUAAUGAUGAAGUAAAACGUGGAGUCUUACUGAUGCUGUUUGGAGGAGUUCCUAAAGCUACCUUGGAGGGUACUUCUUUACGUGGUGAUAUUAAUGUUUGUAUUGUUGGCGACCCAAGCACAGCCAAAAGCCAAUUCCUUAAGCAUGUGGAGGAAUUCAGUCCUCGAGCAGUGUAUACAAGUGGCAAAGCUAGUACUGCUGCAGGUCUCACAGCUGCAGUUGUGAAGGAUGAAGAAUCACAUGAAUUUGUCAUCGAAGCCGGAGCAUUGAUGCUUGCUGAUAACGGUGUUUGCUGUAUCGAUGAAUUUGAUAAAAUGGAUUCAAGAGAUCAAGUCGCUAUACAUGAAGCAAUGGAACAACAAACCAUUUCCAUCACAAAAGCUGGAGUCAAAGCUACUUUAAAUGCCAGGACUUCUAUCUUGGCUGCAGCAAACCCAGUUGCUGGACGGUAUGAUCGUUCAAAGUCUCUCAAACAGAAUGUAAAUCUCUCAGCACCAAUUAUGUCUCGAUUCGAUUUGUUUUUCAUUCUGGUUGAUGAGUGCAAUGAGGUAACAGAUUAUGCCAUUGCUAGGCGCAUUGUGGACUUGCAUUCUCGAAUCCAAGAAUCUGUUGACCGAAUCUACUCUUUGGAUGAUAUUAGGAGGUACCUGUUAUUUGCAAGGCAAUUCAAACCAAAGAUUUCAAAUGAAUCUGAAGACUUCAUAGUGGAACAGUACAGACGACUUCGCCAAAGGGACGGCUCUGGGGUGACCAAGUCAGCAUGGAGAAUUACAGUGCGUCAGCUGGAGAGUAUGAUUCGUCUCUCUGAAUCUAUGGCCAGAAUGCAUUGCUGUGACGAGGUGCAACCUAAGCAUGUAAAGGAAGCUUUCCGGUUACUGAACAAAUCAAUCAUUAGAGUGGAAACUCCAGAUGUAAGUUUUGACCAAGAUGAUGAAGGAAGGGAAGAAAUGGAGCAGGAAGUUCAUGAAGGAAUUGAUGGGACGUCUGAUAUACCAAAUGGCAUUAAUGGUGUCAAUGGCCAUUCUGAAGACAGUAUCAAGGAAGAAGUACCAAAACAUGCAAUGAGACUGUCUUUUGUGGAAUAUCGCAAGAUUUCCAAUCUUAUUGUCAUCCAUCUCCGGAAGCUAGAGGAAGAAGAUGAAGAUGCUUCCCCAAAGAAGAGUGAACUCGUUAACUGGUAUUUAAAAGAAAUUGAAUCUGAAAUUGAAUCGGAAGAAGAACUAAUUAACAAAAAGAAAUUAAUUGAGAAAGUUAUUUACAGGCUUAUUCAUUAUGACCAUAUCUUGAUUGAACUGAAACAGACUGGUCUGAAAAGCCGAAAAGGAGAAGGUGAUGAAGUUUUGGAGCAGGAUCCCUACUUGGUUGUUAAUCCCAAUUAUGCUUUGGAAGAUUAGGUGUUGCAAUCUACGCUAGACAAAUGUGGAGUCUGUUACUUAUAAAAAUAUUGCUAAAAUAGGCAACUCUCUAAAAUACAGGCAUGGAACGAGUUUUGAUAUCAUCUAAUUCUCUAUCAGAAUGGAAUUGUUUUUGGGUUUUAGCUCUGAACAGGUUACUGAAGUGCUAAUCAAGGAUAAAGCAAUGGUACCUGAAACUUUUGAAAACUAUGUUAAGGACCUUUUUUGUUUGUUUCUUUGAAGUCCAAAGGUAUUUUGGCUUGAAUGAUGUAAGGAAAUUAUAAUAUGUACUUUAAAGUUUUUUAAAUAGUUUAAAAUGCACAGAUGUUUCCUAACCAUGUCUUUCUACACGUUACCAGUUACAAUUUAUGAUUCCAGAUUAAUAAGAAACAAAGGUAUUUUGGAUCAUAUGGGUGGAUAAUUUGCAUGCAUUACAACUAGAUUACAAUGGUUGCAUUAUGUUCUUUUUAAAAUGCUACAGCCUAGAGAAAGUUGUAAUUUAAUCCCAACUUGAGCUAAAGAUUUUAUGGGAACUUAUUUUGGAGGUAUUUGCAAGACUGAGCAAAAUCUGUCGACCAUGAGACUAACUUGAAGAUAGCUAUGUGUCUGAGGCAAUGUUGUAAAUAUAUUUCACGUAGAUUAUUACCCUGAAACUGGUGUAAUGGCUUCAUUAAAAUAUAAAGGAAA